CUCUGACUCAUCCAACAUGUCGUCAAUCUCAUAGGAUACGUCUUUUGAACCAAACCUUCACAGCUUCCUCCUUCACAAACCUUUUCUCUUCAUCGUUGAGCACUGUCUGAAUACUAUGGAAUUUGCUUUCAAGCUUUUGGAUUUCCUCCUCAACAUCUGCAAACAACGUGAACUCUGAAGAAAUGAUUGAACCAAGCUGAUCCAUGAUAUAGUAGAAAGAAACUAAAGCCCGAGCCAUACUUGGAAAUGAAAGUUUGAUAUGAUUACACAGGAGACUGAAAGAGUUGACAAAGGUGCAUGAAACCAAAUAUAAGGUACAGAUGAGAUAUAUAGAUACUGAGAAGUAAGUUGGCAGGAUUAGGAAGAAGUAUUAGAUCAUCUUUCAGCAUCAUACCUCGAGUUUCCAAAGAAGUUGAGGAUUGAGUUCUAAAAAGGGUGAUGGCUGAAUAUGACUUGCAGUGGGCUGCAAUUGAGAGAUUGCCUACAUUUGAGCGGCUGAGAUCAUCCUUAUUUGACAAUAAUGGUGAUGUUGGUGGUACUGAAAAUAAAGGAAAAAGGGUGAUAGAUGUUACCAAGCUUGGAGCUCAAGAACGCCAUCUCUUCAUAGAGAAGCUCAUUAAGCACAUUGAGCAUGACAACCUUCACUUGUUGAGAAAAAUAAAAAACAGGAUAGACAAUGUUGGUGUAAAAUUGCCCACUGUGGAGGUUAGAUACAAAAAUUUGCAUGUGGAGGCUGAAUGUGAGGUGGUUCACGGCAAGCCCCUUCCAACACUAUGGAAUUCUCUUAAAAGCGUACUCUCUGUAUUCACUAAGCUGCCAGGUUCAAAGUCAAGUCAAACCAAGAUAAGCAUCAUCAAUGACGUUAGUGGUAACAUAAAGCCAGGAAGGAUAACUCUACUGCUUGGUCCCCCGGGUUGUGGGAAGACCACCCUUUUAAAGGCUCUAUCAGGGAAUCUAAACCAAUCUCUCAAGAUUACUGGGGAAAUUUCUUACAAUGGAUACAAGCUAGAAGAGUUUGUUCCCCAAAAGACUUCAUCCUAUAUUAGCCAAAAUGACCUCAACAUUCAUGAGAUGACUGUGAGGGAAAUACUGGAUUUUUCAGCACGUUGUCAAGGUGUUGGAAGCCGAGCAGAGGUUAUGGUGGAGGUCAGUGAAAGGGAGAAGGAAGCUGGAGUUGUUCCAGAUCCAGACAUAGACACUUACAUGAAGGCAAUUUCUGUCAAAGGACUAAAAGGAACCCUUCAAACAGAUUACAUAUUAAAGAUUCUUGCACUUGAUAUCUGCGCUGACACUCUAGUUGGAAAUGCCAUGAGGAGAGGUAUCUCUGGUGGUCAGAAAAAAAGAUUGACUACAGGGGAGAUGAUUGUAGGUCCUACAAAAGCCCUGUUUAUGGAUGAAAUAACGAAUGGUUUAGACAGUUCCACUGCAUUUCAAAUUGUUACUUGUCUUCAGCAGAUGGCGCAUAUCACAGAUGCUACUGUACUGGUUUCACUUCUUCAGCCAGCACCAGAAACCUUUGAUCUUUUUGAUGACCUUAUUUUAAUGUCAGAAGGGAAGAUUGUGUAUCAUGGUCCACGUGAUCAUGUUCUAGAAUAUUUUGAGGAUUGGGGUUUUAGGUGUCCUGAGAGGAAAGGGAUUGCUGAUUUUGUCCAAGAGGUUAUCUCUAGAAAAGAUCAAGCACAGUACUGGUAUCACAUGGAAGUACCUUACAGUUAUGUUUCAGUUGAUAUGUUCUCUAGGAAGUUCAAGGAAUCUCCUUAUGGAAAGAAGCUAGAUGAGGAGCUCUCGGAGCCAUAUGAUAAAUCCCAAAGCCAUAAGGACGCUCUUUCCUUUAGUGUGUAUUCUCUUUCUAAAUGGGAACUUUUUAGAGCAUGUGCAUCAAGGGAGCUUCUUCUCAUGAAAAGGAAUUCUUUCAUAUAUAUCUUCAAAACAACUCAGCUUUUUGUCAUUGCAUGUAUCACAAUGACUGUAUUUUUACAGACUCAGAUGGAUAUUGAUGUUCUUCAUGCAAAUUACUAUAUGGGUGCCCUGUUUUAUUCUCUUAACAUACUUCUUGUUGACGGACUUCCAGAGUUGGCCAUGACUCUUCAAAGGCUUGAAGUAUUCUACAAACAAAAAGAAUUCUGUUUUUACCCAGCUUGGGCAUAUGCAAUCCCAGCAAGUGUUUUAAAGGUUCCACUUUCAUUUGUGGAAUCUCUAGUUUGGACAUCUCUUACUUAUUAUGUAAUUGGAUAUAGUCCUGAGGCCAAAAGGUUCUUCUGCCAGUUCAUUCUUCUUUUUGCGGUGCACUUAUCUUCAUUAUCGAUGUUUCGUUUCGUGGCUGCAGUCUUCCGGACUCAUACUUCUGCCAUGACUGCUGGUAGUUUGGCAGUAUUUUUACAGUUUGUAUUUGGUGGCUUCAUUAUCACUCAACCUUCUAUGCCUGUUUGGUUGAAGUGGGGUUUCUGGGUUUCUCCCCUGACAUAUGGAGAAAUAGGCCUUUCUUUGAAUGAAUUUCUUGCCCCACGAUGGCAAAAGAUGCUUUCCACAAACACUACGAUAGGGCAAGAAAUACUUAAAAGCCGAGGGUUAAACUUUGACGGAUAUCUUUAUUGGAUAUCACUGGGUGCCCUGUUUGGAUUCACAAUAGUAUUCAACAUUGGAUACAUCUUGGCCUUAAGCUUCUUGAAGUCUCCUGGAUCAUCUCGUGCUAUUAUCUCACAUGAAAAGCUUUCCGAAAUACGAGGAAGUGAAGAUUCACAUGAUGGUACCCAUCAGGACAAAAAGUCUAGAAAUUCUCCUCCACUGACUAGUAUUGAACCAAAGAAAGGUAGGAUGGUCUUACCUUUUACACCCUUAACAGUAGCGUUUCAAGAUGUGCAGUACUAUGUUGACACCCCCUUGGAAAUGAGAGAAAAUGGAUUCACCAACAAAAAACUCCAAAUUCUUUCUGAUAUUAUGGGUGCAUUGAGGCCUGGCGUUCUUACAGCAUUGAUGGGUGUCAGUGGAGCUGGGAAAACAACUCUUCUAGAUGUCCUAGCAGGAAGAAAGACUAGUGGCUAUAUUGAAGGGCAAAUAAAGAUUGGAGGGUAUCCCAAGGUCCAAGAAACAUUUGCUAGGGUGUCAGGUUAUUGUGAACAAACAGAUAUACAUUCUCCUCAAAUCACAGUUGAAGAAUCAGUGAUAUUUUCUGCUUGGCUACGACUGUCUCCUCAGAUAGACGCAAAAACUAAAGCUGAAUUUGUAAAUGAAGUCCUGGAGACCAUUGAGCUUGAUGGAAUAAAGGAUGCUUUAGUAGGCAUACCUGGCGUUACUGGUCUAUCAAAUGAGCAGCGCAAGCGGCUUACAAUAGCUGUGGAGCUUGUUGCAAACCCCUCUAUUAUCUUCAUGGAUGAACCAACAACUGGAUUGGAUGCAAGAGCAGCUGCAAUUGUCAUGCGAGCUGUGAAGAAUGCAGCUGAUACGGGAAGAACAAUUGUUUGUACCAUCCACCAACCAAGUAUUGACCUAUUUGAAGCAUUUGAUGAGUUAAUUCUUCUAAAAACUGGUGGACACUUGAUUUACUCUGGACAACUUGGAGAGCAUUCAAGUAGCGUUAUAGAAUAUUUUGAGAGUAUUCCUCGAGUUCCAAAGAUUAGAAAUAAUUACAAUCCGGCAGCAUGGAUGUUAGACGUCACUUCUACAUCUGCAGAAGCAAAACUUGGCAUAGAUUUUGCUCUGAAAUACAGAGAAUCUGCUUUAUACGAAAAAAACAAGGAGCUUGUAAGGCAGUUGAGUAGUCCACCUCCUGGUUCAAGAGAUCUGUAUUUUCCUACCCUCUUUUCACAAAAUGGUUGGGGACAAUUCAAAUCUUGCCUAUGGAAACAGCAUUUGGCUUAUUGGAGGAGCCCUGCAUACAACUUGAUGCGUAUCUUAUUUGCACUUAUAUCAGCUUUAAUUUUUGGGGUACUAUAUUGGAACCAAGGAAAAAAAAUAAAUAACCAGCAGAAUGUAUUCAAUAUAUUUGGGGCAAUGUACUCAGCUGUGAUCUUCUUGGGCAUAAGUAACUGCACAAAAGUCCUACCAUAUGUUGCUACAGAGCGAACUGUUAUGUAUCGGGAAAAAUUUGCAGGGAUGUACUCUUCAUGGGCUUAUUCACUUGCACAGGUGAUAGUGGAAGUUCCCUAUCUCUUCAUUGAAACUGUCAUAUUCGUGAUGAUCAUAUAUCCAAUGAUUGGAUAUUAUGGGUCAGCUUAUAAGGUUUCCUGGUACUUCUAUGUCACAUUUUGUUCCUUGCUGUACUACAAUUAUCUUGGAAUGCUACUUGUUUCAUUCACACCAAACUACAUGGUAGCUACAAUUUUGUCUUCGGGAUUCUACACAACAUUCAACCUUUUUGCUGGUUUUUUGAUUCCUGGACCGCAAAUUCCAAAAUGGUGGAUCUGGUUGUAUUAUCUGACUCCUACAUCUUGGUCGCUAAAUGGAUUGCUUACUUCAAUGUAUGGAGAUAUAAAUAAAGACAUCAUGGUAUUUGGAGAAACCAAAACUGUUGUGGCCUUCUUAAAAGAUUACUUUGGGUUUCACCAUGAUCAAUUACCUCUUGUGGCGAUUGUUCUCAUUGCAUACCCCCUUGUUUUUGCUUCCUUGUUUGCAUAUUUUAUAGCACAGUUAAACUUUCAGCGUAGGUAAAUUUUUUAUUGUUCCUGUGGAGGAUGGAGACGUUGUACACAGUCAACAAUCCUUCUUGUAACUAAUGUGCCGAUCAUUUAAGUAAUCAAUGAUGCUAUGUAAAUUUGUUGUGUUUUUUUAAGAUCUAUUGUAAUUGAACAAGUUAAACUUAUGUUUGUAUGAGAUUUAUACAUUAGAAGCUAUCAAGCUUUGUUAAAUCAAGAA